UUCCCAAGCUCAACUACUACAACUUGUACCAAGCAAAAAACUUAUAUAAAACUUGGUUUUGUUUCCUUCUUUGACCAUUAUAUUCAUCUUAUUUCUCUCAUCAAAUCUCACAGCAGCAUCUUCAUCAUAUCUCCGGAGGAUUAAUGGAUGAAGAGAUCGAGAUUCCUCCCUUCUUCCUUUGCCCUAUCUCUUUGGAGAUUAUGAAAGAUCCGGUGAUAGUCUCUACCGGAAUAACCUACGACAGAGACAGCAUCGAGAAAUGGCUUUUCUCUAGCAAGAAGAACUUGUGUCCCGUCACCAAACUAGACAUAACCGACGCCGAUCUCACCCCGAACCACACUCUUCGCCGUCUCAUCCAAUCUUGGUGCACCCUAAACGCCUCUUACGGCGUCGAGAGGAUACCUACCCCGAGACCACCGAUCUGUAAAGCUGAGAUCGAAAAGCUCCUUAGAGAUUCAGCCUCUUCGCAUCAAAACCAGGUUAAGUGUCUCAAACGACUUCGUCAGAUUGUGUCGGAGAACGCCACUAACAAGCGGUGUUUGGAGGCCGCCGGAGUACCAGAGUUCUUGGCUAACAUCGUAAGCAAUGACUCAGAAAAUGGGUUAGGGAGUUUCACCGACGAAGCCCUCAACUUACUCUACCAUCUCGAGACCUCAGAGGCAGUCCUCAAGAAUCUUUUAAACAACAAGAAAGGUAACGAUAUCGUAAAGUCGUUGACGAAGAUCAUGCAGCGUGGGAUCUACGAAUCCAGAGUCUAUGCAACUUUACUUCUCAAGAACAUUCUUGAAGUAGCGGAUCCAAUGCAGAUCAUGACUCUAAAGCCAGAGGUCUUCACUGAGGUAGUGGAGAUCUUGGACGACCGGAUCUCACGCAAAGCGACAAAAGCCGCGAUGCAUAUAUUGGUGAACAUAUGUCCAUGGGGAAGGAACAGACACAAGGCCGUAGAAGCUGGAGUAAUUUCUGUGAUAAUCGAGCUUCUCAUGGACGAGAGCUUCUCAUCAGAUAGGAGAGGUCCAGAGAUGGCGAUGGUGGUUCUUGAUCUGUUGUGUCAGUGUGCUGAGGGAAGAGCCGAGUUCUUGAAGCACGGAGCAGCCAUAGCGGUGGUGUGCAAGAAGAUACUUAGGGUUUCGCAGACGGCAAGCGAUAGAGCCGUAAGGGUUCUGUUGUCAGUGGGAAAGUACUGCGCGACGCCUGCUUUGCUAAACGAGAUGUUACAGUUAGGGGUUGUAUCGAAGCUUUGUCUUGUGCUUCAAGUAAGCUGUGGGGGCAAAACUAAAGAGAAGGCAAAGGAGCUGCUUAAGUUACACGCUAGGGUUUGGAAGGACUCGCCUUGUCUCCCAAGAAACAUGGUUCUUGCAUAUCCAUGCUGAUGAAAAACCAAGAAAACAACGUACAGACAUACAAACAAGUCCAAUUCUCUAUGAGUGCAAUCACUUAUAUGAGAGUUAUUCAUCGUAUGCUGUUGAAAAAAGACUAGUGGAGUAUUCAUAUGAUCAAAUCCAAUUUUCUUUAGUUUUCUUCUUUUCAUACUUUUGAUGUUCACAAUGUAGAUAAUAGAGGUAAAUGUUCAUCAAAAUAUUCUUUCUAUAUAUGGAAAACUGCAAAUAUAUCAAUGAAGUCACAGGUUACAUGGCUA